UGGGGCUCAUUCAACAAUCAAACUCUCAACAAUAAUUGUUUCUCGUUUUUAUCCGUUUCUAGUUCUUGAAAUUUUAGUGUCGGUAAAUACAUCUUUGUGUUUUCCUUACACUUUUAUAUUACACUUAGUUUUAAAUGCACAAGUUUGAAUAUCUAACGAUGCCGCUUAAAAGUGAUUACAUUAUAAUUUACUUCUUUGGCUUGGCCACAUUGGGUCUGGUGAUAGGCGUGGCCUGCCUGGUGAUUCCUCGAUUGUGGCUCUUCCUGGCGAAUGUGUACAAGAUGUACGUGGAGUACACUCCCAUCAUUUAUCCCAAGGAGGAUUGCCUCUCGCCGGUCUCAAAGAGCCGACUGAAUCUCGUGGCACGGAAGACACUUGUCCUGGACAUGGAUGAGACCAUGAUCACGUCGUGGCUGAAGAAGACUGGCAAAAAGCCCAAGAAUAAGCCGAGAAUUGCGCACGACUUUAAGUUCUACUUGCCGGCCUAUGAAGCCACAAUCUAUGUGUACAAACGGCCCUAUUUGGAUCAUUUCCUCGAUCGCGUUUCAAAGUGGUACGAUCUCACGGUCUUCACAGCCGGAGCCGAGAUAUAUGCCUCUCCGAUCCUGGACUUUCUGGACAGAGGACGCGGCAUCCUGAAUAGUCGCCUCUACCGACAGGAUUGCAUUGAAGUGUAUGGAACGCGGGCCAAGAGCGUACUGCUGGCUUCGCCGGACUUGGCCAAUGUCUUGCUGCUGGACAACUCGAGCACGGAGUGCAGUUUCAAUGCGGGCAACGCUAUUCUCAUCAAGUCCUAUGAGAUUGGCAGUCGAGAUGAAGAGCUCAUCAAUUUGCUGCCCUUUCUGGACGCCCUGCGAUUCAUGAAGGAUGUGCGAUCUGUGCUCAAACGCUGCACUCGCUUCGAGUUUUUUAGCACAAUUCUCGAGAGUGUUGCUCAGUGAUAUGUUGCUUAUUUGUUUUUGUAUAUUCUAUUUAUUUGUUAAAUUUUUGAGAGCACUGAAUCACUGGCUUAUCAUUUUGCACAUUGAGCAAAGGUCAAUAUGUGAUCGGGAUUUUUCUAAAUUUACUUUCUGAAAGUAUCUUUAAAGCGGAAAUUUCUAUGGCUCAUGGAUUGCUAUUAAACGAGAGUAUUUGGAAUCCUUCGAAUGUAGGAAGAGUAAUUAAGCAAAAAGUGAUUCAAGAAUGCAGUUAUAGCCGUAAGGUGUAGUAACGUCUUCGGCUUAGUCAUGCCAAGUCAAGGGUCUGCUUAGUCAUACUAAAAAGAGUGGAAGGCCAAGUGAUUCACUGAGCAAACGACUUCGGCCAAGGCUGCUGGCGAUAUCAGGCCACAACUCAUAUUAAUCAGAGGCUAGUACAAUGUGCUCCACUUUAUCGGCAAGCGAGUUGCGACAGUGAAAAAUGAGCAAAUGUCACAAGGAUCAUAGGGCUUGGCCCGUUCUACCAUCUGCAUUUCGAUCUGGGUUGAAACUGAAACUGGUUUUGCUCAAAGAAAGCAAAAACACUGAGAUAAAUUAUUUAUGUGCUUAUCCAUUAACAUUUUUAGUUCUGAAAGACACAAGAGCUUACACAAAAAUAUUCUUAUAUAGUUAAAUAGAUUAAUUUUGGGCUUUUA